AUUGGCGUUUGUUAUGGUAUGAUGGGAAAUAAUCUUCCACCGGCAAACGAAGUUGUAAGUCUUUACAAAUCAAACAACAUCCAGAGAAUGAGGAUCUAUGAUCCGAAUCAAGAUGCUUUAAAUGCACUAAGAAAUUCAGGUAUUGAACUGAUUCUUGGUGUGCCAAACUCCGACCUUCAAAGCCUAGCCACAAACGCUGAUAAUGCACGUCAAUGGGUGCAAAGAAACGUGUUGAACUUCUAUCCAAGUGUCAAAAUCAAGUAUGUUGCAGUUGGCAACGAAGUGAGUCCAGUUGGAGGAAGUAGUACUUCUUGGCUUGCCCAAUAUGUUCUACCUGCAAUCCAAAACAUAUACCAAGCUAUAAGAGCUCAAGGUCUUCAUGAUCAAAUCAAGGUUUCAACAUCUAUUGACAUGACCCUAAUAGGAAACUCCUACCCUCCAUCACAAGGUUCCUUUAGGGGUGAUGUUAGGUCAUACCUAGACCCUAUCAUUGGCUACUUGUUAUAUGCAAGUGCACCUUUACUUGUUAAUGUUUACCCUUAUUUUAGCUAUGUUGGUAACCCGCGUGACAUAUCUCUUUCCUAUGCACUUUUCACCUCCCCUAAUGUUGUUGUAUGGGAUGGUCAAUAUGCGUAUCAAAACCUGUUUGAUGCUAUGUUGGAUUCAGUGCAUGCUGCUAUUGAUAAUACAAGGAUUGGUUAUGUGGAAGUUGUUGUAUCGGAGAGUGGUUGGCCCUCGGAUGGAGGAACUGCUACUUCAUAUGACAAUGCACGCAUGUACCUUGAUAAUUUGAUUCGACAUGUUAGUAAAGGUACUCCAAGAAGGCCUUCCAAGCCUACAGAGACUUAUUUGUUUGCUAUGUUCGAUGAGAAUCAGAAGAGCCCAGAAUCAGAGAAACAUUUUGGGCUCUUCUUUCCCAACAAACAGAAGAAGUACCCUUUUGGGUUCGGUGGAGAAAGGAAUAGCCAAGUGGUUGCUUAUGACUUUAAUGUAACAGUUUCCCUUAAGAGUGACAUUUGAGGACGAAGUCAAAGUCCUCAAAGUCUGCGUGAUUUCAUCCACAAAAUAA